AAAAUCUCAUCCGUAGUAAGACAGUAUAGACUGUAGACGUCCGCCGAACAAUCGCGGUAACAACCUGAAGAUUACCAACAGUUUUCCAUCGUCCGCUAAACUCGUCUUGCGAAAAACACUAUACACUCACUAGCCAACAAUCAACAUGAACCGUCUGUUAUCUGUAUUAUUGUCUGUCACAUUGCUGUUACAAGUUACAGUGACUGUAGUUUCUGGUCAAGGACAGAAUGCUACACCAAGUCAGUGUAAAUGUGUACCAUACUAUUUGUGCGGAAACAGAAGGAUUGAUACAAGUGGUAAAGGAUUAAAAGACGAAAGGUUUGGAGAAGAUUUAAAGUGCUCUAAUAUCUUGGACGUGUGCUGCAAUGAAUCAAUGAUAUAUAAAAAGCCUCAAGAAAAGGAUAAGAUUAUGGAUAACACAAUUUUGGGAGAGAUGUCUACGCCUAUACCUCAAACAAUGCCAUCGGGUACUUUUAAAUAUGUACCAUAUACAAUAGACGAAUGGUCUGGAGGUUUAAAGUGCGAUUAUUUGCAUGUAAAGUGUUGCUAUAAAUCAAUGAAAUCAAAAGCGUCUAAAGAUAUGGAUUUGACAACUCAAGAUAUCGAUAACACAAUUUUGGGAGAGAUGUCUACACCUAUACCUCAAACAAUGCCUUCGGAGACUUGUAAAUGUGUACCAUUCUAUUUGUGCGUAAACGGAACGAUUGUUACAAGUGGUGAAGGAUUAAUAGACGAAAGGAUUAACAAAGAUCGGUGUUGCUACGAUCCAAUAAAAUCAACAAAACCUACAGAAAUACCUGACCCUGAACAUCGUACGAUAUGUGGCCAUUGGAACCCUCUUGGCGUAAAAUUCACAAUAACUGGAGAAUCCCACAACGAAGCACAAUUUGGCGAGUUUCCCUGGAUGAUGGCAAUUAUUAAAUUAGAAGCUAACCAAUCUAAAACUUACAUCUGCGGUGGUUCAUUGAUUCACCCAAGAGUCGUGUUGACUGCAUUCCAUUGCGUGAACGGCAAAAACCCGAAUGAUCUAGUAAUUCGCGCUGGUGAAUGGGAUACACAAACGGAAAACGAACCGUUACCAUCACAAGACGGCCAAGCUCUGAAAAUAAUUAAUCAUGCAGAUUUCGAGCCUGACGAAUUAUUGAACGACGUGGCGCUGAUCAUUGUCAUCAAACCGUUCUCACUCAGUAAAAAUGUGGGAACUAUCUGUUUGCCCAGUCCGAAUUACGUAUUUUCUAAUAGAUGCUACGCCAGUGGUUGGGGCAAAAAAGAAUUCGGUAAAUUAGGCGUAAAUCAAGUAAUUAUGAAAAAAAUAGAUUUGCCGAUCGUUCCACGUAGUUCGUGCUUGGAACUGUUAAAAAAGACCAGGUUGGGUGUGGAUUACAUAUUGCCGGAGGGUUUCAUCUGUGCCGGUGGGGAAAUAGGCAAAGAUACUUGUCAAGGAGACGGUGGAAGUCCUCUGAUGUGUCCAAUUGAGAAUAGACCUAAACAGUUCCAACAGGCCGGAAUCGUGGCGUGGGGAAUCGGAUGCGGUACCGAGACACCCGGCGUGUACGUGGAUGUGGCAUUGUUCAGAAACUGGAUCGAUGAGCAGAUGGCUAAGGAAAAGUUGAGCACGAUCUACUAUGAUCCUGAUUAUGUUCCAACGAAUUAAAUUGUCUCUACAUCUCUUUCCUUCAUAUAGACAUACACAUACCCUCCCGGUUCCUUCCUGACUCCCGGCUUAACCUACAUAUGAAGUUAUAAAUACUCAGUUAAUUUUUGAUUUUACAUGACACUAUUUGACGUUUAUUGGAGAAACUAUGGAAUAAAUAAUUAAAAUUAACAGAAUGAAUAAAUAUGUUUUGUAUUGUAUUGUAAUGUGCCUGGCUUGAAAGUUCUCUGUCCAUGAGUUGAAUAAUUGCAUUUUGUUAAAAUGUUAUAUUUUUUUUAUUUAAAUAUAAUUAUGAUUGUUAUAACGAAAUAUAUUUGUAGAAAAACUAUUCAAAUGAAAAUAAUUAUAUUAAUUUUCUUCUUUUAA